AUGGAUUUGAAUCAGCUCAUCCAAACUGUUCAAGAACAACAGCAACAACUGGUCUCUCUCACGAGCGAAAUUGAAAAUCAGUUACAAGCCAAGGACCUUGCAAUUGAAAAAUUACAGGGCCAACUCUCAUCCCGCCGCACCAAUCAAGGUGCUCUUUCCAGCUCUCAGGUAACACCACCCCAAGAGCUUGUUACUACUCACCAACCCGAUGCUACUCAAGGUAGCUACGCAUCUGCUGCCCGUAAAGGUGCUCAACAUCGUGACCCUGCCCGUACUACCAAGCGACGUCUUGCUGCAGGUCGCAUGUUCCAAACCACCACCACCAAAGGUCAACAAGGAUACCAGUAUGUGUAUCUAGCCGCUCUGGUAAAAUCCUGCGCUCUGAGACAUCUGUUUCCCUGCCACUGGCGUCAUUGCAUCUUGCUCCACAUCCCAUAUGUUGAGGAAUUUCUUGCCUGUAUGCGCAAAUGUGAAGCUGAUCACAUUGAAAACUUUCAACCUUUGGAUCCCAACAACAUUGCUGAUCCCAAAUAUGCUGAUCUUGCCAUUGAAGAGCGUGAGCAAUUGAUCUAUGAAUUCACCAACACCCGUGCUCUGCAAACCCUCUCUUUCCUUCGUCCACUCAACGUUAGUGGUGUUGGCAAAUACUUUGUCUCUGCUGGCUGGAUCUCUCAAGAAGAGCUAGAUAUAGCCGUCUCUGAAGCUAUCGGUCGUCUUGCCGAGAAGGAGCCCAAAAAGGCUAAAUUCUUGUUCAAGCCUACUAGUCAUACUCCCAAUAACAACCCAGUCCACUCCUUUCAAGUCUCUCUCUCCCUUUGGAAUGCCAAUGGUCUACGUCAAUCAACGGUACAUGAUGUUCUCCAUCAUGUUCAGAACACUCAUGUACUGCUUGUCACUGAAACCUGGCUAACCUCUGGUUCUUUCCCUACUAACUGGUCUCAAUUCCACCUCUAUGGCUCUAAAGUACCUGGUGCAUUUAACCGUGGUUCUGGCGGCAUUACUGCCUUUGUCUCUCCUUCCUGUCCUUUCUCUGUCUCUCAACUUCCGUCUUACAAUGCACACACUUUGUCCCUUAAGGUUGGCACCCUUACGGUUCAUUGUGUGUAUCUGCCUCCACCCUUAUCUUCGGAUAAGGUGCUCUCGCUUCUUCGCUCGUUACCCGUAACCGGUGAUACCAUCCUUUGUGGUGAUUUCAAUGCUCGCUUUGGAUCUCUACUGGGUGAUACUAAUGCUAAUCCUCGUGGUACCUCACUACUUCCAUGGCUGGAGGAGUCCUCUUUUCCAUUCUCAAUGAGUCUUUAG